GAGAGAGAGCGAAGCAAAAUGCCAAUAAAAAUUCUCUUCGGUCACUGAUAACGGAUUCGUCGCGACACUCGCGCGCGAUCAUUUUCAGCUAAAACAUCUCGCACAGUUUCAAAACACCUUCCGAGCGAGUGACAAUAAAAUUGGGGAAAAAAAUCCACAAAAAUGAUUCCCACGGGAGAUGAUCUGAAAAUUAUUAGUGUUGACGUGAAGGAUAUUCGUUUUCCCACUUCCCUGGGAGCUCAUGGAUCAGAUGCAAUGCACACUGAUCCUGACUACUCUUGCGUCUACGUGACUCUGGAGACUCUCCGUGGAGUCAAUGGAAACGGUCUGACCUUCACUCUGGGCCGUGGAACUGACGUCGUGCGACUAAGUGUCAUGUCCAUGAAGCAUCUUCUUGAGGGACGCAAUGCCGGCGAGAUUUUCCGCAAUUUCUCCCAAACCUGGCGUUCUCUGACCAGUGAGUCUCAAUUGCGAUGGAUUGGUCCCGAAAAGGGCGUAACACAUCUCGCCGUAGCCGCCAUCGUGAAUGCCCUCUGGGAUCUCUGGGCAAAACUCGAGGGUGUCCCACUUUGGCGCCUUCUCACCAAUAUGGACCCCGAGCUUCUUGUCUCUACGAUCGACUUCCGCUACAUCAGUGAUGUCCUGACCCCAAGAGAAGCAAUAGAAAUGCUCAAAAAUGCUCAAGAGGGAAAACAAGAGAGAAUUGAAGAACUCCUAGAGAGAGGUUAUCCCGCCUAUACUACCCAAGUUGGCUGGAUGGGAUACAGCGAUGGAAAAAUCCGUGAAUUGUGCACGAAAUAUAUGGAUAUGGGCUUCCGGGCGUUUAAACUUAAAGUCGGAAGGGAUAUCAGUAGCGAUGUGAAACGCUGCGAGUUGGUUCGAAAAGAAAUUGGCUAUGAAAAUACCCUCAUGAUUGAUGCUAAUCAAAUCUGGGAUGUUAAUGAGGCUAUCGAGUGGGUAAAGAAGCUGGCCCACUUUAAACCACUAUUUAUCGAAGAACCAACUUCUCCGGAUGAUGUUCUAGGACAUGCAGCAAUUGCCAGAGCUCUUAGACCUCUAGGAAUUGGUGUGGCAACCGGAGAAAUGUGCUGCAACCGCGUACUCUUCAAGCAAUUCCUACAAGCUGGUGCAAUGCAGUACUGCCAGAUAGAUUCAGCUAGGAUUGGAGGAGUUAAUGAAAUUCUGAGUGUCUAUUUAAUGGCUAAAAAAUUCAAUGUCCCCGUCAUUCCUCAUGCUGGUGGUGUGGGAUUGUGUGAAAUGGUGCAGCAUCUGCAAAUGUGGGAAUAUACUUCACUGUGCAAAUCUCAGAAAAUGAUUGAAUUUGUGGAUCAGCAGCAUGAUCAAUUUGUCCAUCCCGCCAGAGUGAUCGAUGCUAAAUACACUGCUCCCACUGAUCCCGGUUACAGCACUGAAUUAACAGCUGAAGCUAUUGAAAAUUAUGAGUAUCCCAGUGGAAAAGAGUGGCAGAGAAUGUUUCAAGAGGGAAUCUUCCAGGAAAUCAAAUAUUGAGGCAUUUUUUUGGCGCAAUUUUUACAUCCCAUUUUUUAUCCAAGAUUUCAGCCAUUUUCAGCCAUUAUUAUCCAAAGGGUUAUUUUUUGGAGGGAAACGUGACACUUUUGUAAGGUUUGAGGUUAGAUUCUGAGGAAUAAAAGCGUUGAUUUGGAGGA